UGAAAAGAGAGGGUGAGGGGCGGCAGUGAGGUGCAGCUCCAUGACGGGAUGUGUUGUUGUUGAGUUGAUGCUCUAACUUGUUCACGAAAUGCCGCUGCAAAUGCAAGGAGGCCUUAUGCAGAACAAUGUAGAGCCCAUGGUAAUCGAUAUGGCAGUGGAAGAAAAUGACAAUACAGAAGAUGAACCAGUGAUCGUGGAGAGCACCUCACUAGAUCUAGAGACUUACGCCAACUGCUACACAGGCCUUGCAAAGCUUCAGCGACUUGUUUUCAUAGCUGAUCGAUGUCCUCAGUUACGUGUAGAAGCUCUUCGAAUGGCCAUACAUUAUGUCCAGACAACAUACAAUGUCAACCUAUAUACUCAACUCCACAGGAAGAUGCAAGAGGCAGUCAGUGGAGCCACUGCAGGAAAUGCAAGUCUACCAGAUAUAGCGGGUGGUCAAGUGGGAAGUGGAACAGUAGCCAAUUUACCUGCCCUUGACAUGCAGUGGGUCGAAUCUCGUGCCAAAAAAGCUGCACUGAAAUUGGAGAAACUUGACACUGACCUCAAGAAUUCUAAGGUCAACAGCAUCAAGGAAUCAAUCCGACGAGGUCAUGAUGAUUUAGGUGAUCAUUAUUUGGACUGCGGUGAUCUCUCGAAUGCCCUGAAAUGUUACUCUCGUGCCCGAGAUUAUUGCACCUCCUUUAGACAUAUUAUUAACAUGUGUCUUAAUGUGAUUAAGGUUUCCAUCUACCUAAACAAUUGGUCUCAUGUGUUAAGCUAUGUAAGCAAAGCUCAAGCAACUCCAGAAGUUUCAGAAUCUAGGCCGAGCAAUAACAAAGACCAGUCAGCUGUAAUCCAGACCAAAUUAACGUGUGCAGCAGGAUUGGCGCAAUUAGCUACAAGAAAAUAUAAGGCUGCGGCCAAGAGCUUUCUCGGAGCUCAACUUGAUGCCUGUGAUUUUCCCGACCUCCUGUCCACCUCAAAUGUAGCCAUGUAUGGUGGCCUCUGUGCAUUGGCCACGUUUUCUCGUCAAGAACUACAGAAAUUGGUUAUCUCUAGCAGUUCCUUUAAACUGUUUUUGGAAGUGGAGCCUCAAUUACGUGACAUCAUUUUUAAGUUCUACGAGUCUAAAUAUGCCUCCUGCCUCAAACUUUUAGAUGAAUUAAAGGAUAUUCUGAUGUUGGAUAUGUACCUUGCACCUCACCUAAACACACUCUACACACGCAUUAGGAACCGUGCGCUUAUCCAGUAUUUCAGCCCAUACAUGAGUGCAGACAUGGAGAAGAUGGCUACAGCUUUCAAUACUACAAUUUCUGCAUUAGAAGAUGAGUUAAUGGCUCUAAUACUAGAUGGGCAAAUCCAGGCUCGGAUAGACUCGCAUAAUAAGAUCUUGUAUGCCAAGGCAGUAGAAGAGAGGAGUAUGACUUUCGAGCGGUCACUGGAGAUGGGUCGUGAGCACAUCAUGAGGGUGAAAGGCCUUAUCUUGCGGUCAGCACUUAUCAAGAAUCAGAUUCAUGUUAAGAGUCCGCCACGGGAAGGAGGAGGAGGGGGUGGGCAAGGAAGUGGAGAUGUUACUAUGGCAGCUACUAACAGUUCUGCAGCUGCUCCAAGGAACUAAAAUAUACAUGCCAGUGUCCAGGCUGUGUUAAAACUAGAUCUGGGCUGAGUUUCAAUCCAUACGUUCAGUCCACCGUGUGCGCGCCACAAGAGACGAGACUCUGCAAAACUUGCUCAUUUGAGUUCUAUAUCUGCAGUGAUCUACUGUACAAGUCAUUUCUUGUUGAUUGUGGCAAAAGAUACAUGUUUGUGAGAUUUUUCACUGGUGACAGUUUUGCAGGAGUUCUAUGACACUCUUGCUUUAUUUGAAGCAUGAUCCAACAUAACAUCCAAGUGUGCUUAGUCCUUUUUUUUUUAUGUGGUGAUCACUGACUCGUGAACACUAGCAGAUGAACCUCAGGUCUGUGAAUUAUGUAUAUCUAUGCUAUUUACUUGGUGUUCGUUAUACCAUAUUGUAUAGUAAAACACAACCGAGAAAACUUCAAGUGCUCACAUAAACUACAGUGCAUCCUUCAAGUGAAUAGCCAAAGCAAAAAAUCAAGAUUUAAGUUGCAGCAUUUGUGACUUGCCACCUAAGUUGUUUUCUCUCCUGUACUGUGAUGAGCAGUCUUAUUAUUUUCUACUGCCUAUAAGUUGACUUUUAAUUGAAAGUGAUGCAUUUGAAUUGCAACAUUAUAGUGAUGAGUAUCCAGUAGUGUUGGAGUCUCAAUAAAUAGCUUUCUUUUGGUUUUAUGUACAAUUACAAAAAAGCAAAGGUGACAGUGAAAUGCAGCUUUUGACUAUUAUUGUCACCCAAUGCGCAUGUCACAAGUGCUGCUACUACAACAUUAUAAUUGGUUAUUCAUGUGUUCUUCUGUAGCUUGUGUUUAUAGCUCCUAUUACCUGUUGCCUAUUUAUUACGUUUGAAAACAAGAUUUUGGUAUUUAUCCAUCAUGCACAGACCAAGCCACUAGUCUAGACUUUUAAGUCCAUUUUGUUUACUGAAUUUGAAAGAGUUCAGCCGGAGAUACAAGGUUGUCAUAUUCUGUAACUUUUGUUAUUUUAUGAUGCAGCAAGUACAUAUAUUUGCUAGUAAGAAAUGCAGUGUUCCUAAGAAUUUUGCAGUUGCCUUGGAAGUUACAGUGGCCGGUUAAAGGGUUUUUACUCUUCAGUGUAAUGCUUUGAGAUUCUUGAUCACAGUGUUUGCACAGGAGACCAUACAUAGUGUAUUACCCCAAUGACUUGCUGAUUCACUGUUAUGCACCCUAUAGCAAGGUUGGCCAAGUACCUUCAAAGUCUAUGGAUAUCAGAUUUUAAAUAACUCAAAAAAUUUGUUUGAGAGAUUUAUUUCAGCCAAAUAAUCUUUGCUCUUGCAUCAGCACUGCUUCAGGCUUGCCACCAGUGUAUUUGCCACAAGAAGAGCAGCAGCAUCUCACUUUAACGAAUAUAAAUCAUCUUCAAGAUCCAGUCACAAGAUGAGAAGUGGUCAUGAAGGAGAAAUAGAAACUUCUCCAUCCAUUGUAUUCAUCAUGCAAACCUUGACUGUGGGCUGCAGUGUUGAUAAAGAGUGGCUGGGAAAAAAGGUGAUUUUCUAUUGAGAAUAGUAAAAUAAUAACACUA